AUGUUGUUGAAGAACGGCCAUCUCAGGAAAUUCUUGUGUGACCAGGCCAAGAACAAAUACGGCCGUAAUCGGGACAAUUCGGCGCCUUCGAAGAUAGCAGUAGACUCCCCCCGGUUGACUAUCAACAUGAUUUUCGGAGGGAAUGAAAUUAAUGACACAACCUUCUCGGCGGCCGAGAAAACAAAGAUAUCAUCGACCCACAACAAGAGACUUCGUAAAGUCACAGAAGAUGACAUCACCUUCAUGGAGGAAGACGCCGACGGACUUCUUCUGCAACAUAAUGACACCCUAGUAAUUUCUCUCAAUGUCUUAGAUUUCAAGAUUAAGCAUUUUUUGGUUGACCCAAGAAGCUCAUCCAACAUCAUUCAAUGGAGAGUGCUGGAACAAGCAAAGGUAACCGGAAGCAUCAUUCCGGCAACAAAUCUCCUCGCUGGGUUCAACUUAGCAAGUGUGACAAUCCGAUGA